AACGUUUUCGCUAAUCCCCGUACGACGCCGGCGCAGCCCCGCACGCAGAAAGACGCGACGCGAGGAGCGGCCGCCGCCGGCAGCUGUUGCGAUGAAGCGCUUCUUCCAGCCCGUGCCCAAGGAUGGCUCCCCGGCGAAGAAGAGGCCCGCCGCCGCCGCCGCCGCCUCCGCCUCCGACUCCGACUCCCUCGGCGGCGACGCCCCCGCCGCGGCCGCCUGCGCCGUCGGGGAGGGGGAUUCUCCUCCCGCUCCCCGCGAGGAGGAACCGCGGAGGUUCGUGACGUGGAACGCCAACAGCCUGCUCCUCCGGAUGAAGAGCGACUGGCCGGCCUUCUGCCAGUUCGUCUCCCGCGUCGACCCCGACGUCAUCUGCGUCCAGGAAGUGCGGAUGCCAGCAGCUGGUUCCAAAGGGGCACCAAAAAAUCCUGGUCAACUGAAAGAUGACACAAGCUCAUCACGAGAUGAAAAGCAGGUAGUGCUGCGUGCUUUGUCGAGUCCACCUUUUAAAGACUAUCGUGUCUGGUGGUCUCUUUCAGACUCCAAAUAUGCAGGCACAGCUAUGAUUAUAAAGAAGAAGUUUGAACCAAAGAAAGUGUCAUUCAACUUGGAUAGAACAUCUUCCAAGCAUGAACCAGAUGGGCGUGUUAUUAUUGCAGAAUUCGAAUCGUUCCUCUUGCUGAACACUUAUGCUCCAAACAAUGGAUGGAAAGAAGAGGAAAAUUCAUUUCAAAGAAGACGGAAAUGGGAUAAAAGAAUGUUGGAGUUUGUUCAACAGGUAGACAAACCCUUAAUCUGGUGUGGAGACUUGAAUGUCAGUCAUGAAGAAAUCGAUGUUAGCCAUCCUGAUUUUUUUAGCAGUGCUAAACUCAAUGGAUACAUCCCUCCAAAUAAAGAGGAUUGUGGACAGCCAGGAUUCACCCUGUCAGAGAGGCGGCGCUUCGGCAAUAUAUUGUCCCAAGGAAAGCUGGUAGAUGCUUACAGAUAUCUGCACAAAGAGAAGGACAUGGAUUGUGGCUUUUCUUGGUCUGGACAUCCAAUUGGCAAGUACCGAGGGAAGAGAAUGCGAAUUGACUAUUUCCUUGUUUCAGAAAAACUGAAGGACCAAAUAGUUUCAUGUGACAUUCAUGGUCGUGGAAUAGAGCUAGAAGGAUUUUAUGGAAGUGAUCACUGCCCCGUUUCACUUGAGCUCUCGGAAGAAGUAGAAGCACCAAAACCCAAGUCCUCCAACUAAUUUCUAUAUUUCGCACUUAACCAGACAUGGUGGAGAUUUUAGAUUAGCUGAAGCAUAUCUGCUUUGUAUCUCUUGAGUCAUUAUCCAUUAUUCAAAUAUUGUCUCAGUCUAGCAGUAUUUCUGAUGAUGAAUUGGAUGAUCUAGCUAGGAUCCUGAUUGUAAUUAUAAUUAGUAUGUUACUAUGGUCUGCAAUGCUAUCUUUAGAUCCUAUAAGAUCAAAAACUUCUACCAUUUGUUCCAUUGUUUUUAAUCCGAAGAAAAACAAUAUAUGCAAGCUAAUUCUGGUCCGCA